AGCUUGACAACAAGCUAAUACAUAUUAAUCGCAAGUCAUUCAAGGCUAAAAACAAAAAUCCUAUACACCGGCCCGCCAAAGUUGAUCGAUUCAGCCUUUAUUCCCACUUGGGAUUUUAAUACUCAAAGACAGUGCAGCAGCUUUGUUUCUAUUUGAUUAUUUGUCUUUAUCCUUGGAUCGUAUCGCAUGGCGUUUUUAUUUUUUAUUUUUCCCCUUUUUUUCAUUUCGAUUUUUAGCUUCCAUGACCAGAAGCAGCAAUAGGAGCUAGGAAGUAACUCUGACACGCCUCCGCUUUUCCGUUUCGCAUUUUCCGAAGCUGCAGAGAUCACCAUGAAAGUUCUGCUCAAUCCUGAACCUUCUCUCUCAAUCCACAUCACCAAUCAACGGAAUAUCACCCGUCCAAAACUCCACUCUUCUCUAUCAUUCGUUCCACACCCUUGGAUUGGACAGAAAUGCUGUUUGACCGCCAAAGCAUCUCUGGACUCGGCAACAAUUGAUCAGUUGGGGAUUUCGGAAUCGGAUAUUAAGAAUCCGGCGGUUUCUUCUUUGUAUCGAAGCUCUAAGUUGCCGAAACCAAAUCAGACGGUGCUGGAAGCUCAGGCUAGGGUUUGCACAGGACCUACACAGACCAGGCCGCUCAAUGAAGACCAAGCCUUUAAAGUACUAGACACCAUUUUAAGAUCAGCUAGGGGAGAGCUUAAAGGUGAAGAGGAAGUUUCAAAAGCGCAGCUUGGGGCCUUUUUCGCGGCAAUGACAAUUCGUGCAAAUGCGUUUCCGGAAGCAACCCGAUGGAGUGAAGGGGAAAAGCAGGCAAUGAAUAACUUUUGGCCUCUGCUAGUUCGAGCCCUGCCGCCUGAUGUUAUCUUCAUUGCUGAUCCCGAAGGGUCGAUUAUGGGAGCUGGGAGUUCGAUUGGUCCCCAGUAUGUUGGGAAUCGUACAAGUGAAAUGAGAUUGGUAGGUGCCCUUAGAGAGAUCCUGGCUGGUGGUCACCUUGGAUAUGAGGAGGUCCAAGGCGUUUUGAGAGAGGUUCUUCCCUUGAAAGUUAAAGAUAACGAAUGCUCGGGAGUCAGUGAAUCUUUGCUUUCAGCAUUUUUAAUUGGGCAACGUAUGAACCUGGAAACUGAUCGCGAGUUGAAGGCCUACUGCCUUGCGUUUGAUGAUGAACUUGGUCCUCCGCUUGUUGCUGAUGUAAGAUCAUUGACUCAUUAUGGUGAACCUUAUGAUGGAAACACGCGUUUCUUUAGGAGCACUUUGUUUGUCGCUGCGGUUAGAUCCUGUUAUGGUGAAUCUUCAUUGCUUCAUGGUGCGGAAUGGAUGCCCCCUAAGGGGGGUGUAACUGAGGAACAAAUGCUGAAGUUUAUGGGAGCAAAUGUGAGCUUGACCCCUUUGCAGGCUAAAGGACUUCUUGAGGAUGAUGAGGUUGGUUUUGCCUACAUAAGUCAGCGUGAAGCUUGCCCGUCUCUGUAUGAAAUCCAAUAUUCAUUGAUUGGGUUGAGGGAGCAUAUGAAGAAACGCCCCCCACUAGCAACAACCGAAAAGGUUCAACAAUUUGUGAGGGCUCGGGGAAGGGAAGCAAUUGUUGCUGGAUUCUAUCAUGAAGGUUAUGAGGAGUCUCUUUUAAUGCUAAUGAAAAGAAGAGGUGUUCAUUCUGGUUUGGUGGUGAAGGGUGAGGAAGGGGCUCUUUCAAUGACAACAAGAUUGCGUUCUGCAAAUGCAUCAAAAGGACUCCCUGUGAACUAUUGUUCAGGGUUUCGUUCAUUGAGCAUGGCUUCUGCUUUUGAAGUUGAUGGAGUGUCUCGUGAGAGUUUCAAUAUUGAGGUUAAUGCCAAGGACUAUGGUUUUGAACCCACUGAUACGCCAAGAACUGAUAGAUCGGUCUCCAAGAAUAUACAGCUGGGUUUAGCAGCUCUUCGUGGUGAAAAAGGUCCAGCAUAUGAUCGGAUUGUUCUAAAUGCGGGAAUGGUGGAUCACUUGCUGAGAUGUGAUGGUGCAGAAGAUAUCUCCUCAGCCCUGGACAGAGCCAGAGAGGCCAUUGACAGUGGUAGGGCUCUUAAAAAGCUAUUAAAUUACAUAAAUAUCUCUCACAAAGCUAGGUAAAUGGGGCCCAAUUGGUGCUUGCUUACUUCAAUUUGCAUCAGAUUUUUGUUUGUGGUGUUGUAAAUUUUACAAUUUUUCAUGUUUCUGAACAUUGAGAUGAAGAAGAAGAAGAAGAAGGAGAAGAAAAAGAAGGGAGUUAAAUAAUUAUGGCUUUUUUUAUUCGAUUUUUGUAAAUUAGCUUAGCAGUUAAAUCUCAUUGUUGAGAUAUCAUUGUUUUCUGGUCGUCGUCUUCAUCAGUCAUCACAGAAUUUUCUUUGCUGUUUUAUUAAACAUUGGAAAAUCUUCUCGUCAA